ACCUUGCGCCCAAGUAGUCUGACAGCAAUGGUGGUUCGUCUCGGGAGAGUAGCUUGGGCGUGCCCGGCGGUUCUGCUGCUGCUCUUGCAGCUCGCCGGAGCGUCCCAUGUCGUCUACGAGACCAGCCUCCUCGAGACCGAGGCGGCGGCGGCCACCGUGCCAGCCUCCAUUUUCGAGCUGAGCACCGGGUACCACUUCCGGCCUCAGAAGAACUGGAUCAACGAUCCCAACGCGCCGCUGUACUACAAGGGUUGGUACCAUCUGUUCUUCCAGUACAACCCCAAGGGCGCGGUGUGGGGCAACAUCGUGUGGGCGCACUCGGUGUCGCGCGACCUCAUCAACUGGGUGGCCCUGGAGACGGCCCUGGCGCCGAGCAUCGACGCCGACAAGUACGGCUGCUGGUCGGGGUCGGCGACCAUCAUGCCCGACGGCACGCCGGUGAUCAUGUACACGGGCGUCAGCCGGCCGGACGUCAACUACGAGGUCCAGAACGUCGCCUUCCCCAAGAACAGCUCGGACCCUCUCCUCCGGGAGUGGGUGAAGCCGGCGCACAACCCGGUGAUCGUCCCGGAGGGCGGCAUCAACGCGACGCAGUUCCGGGACCCGACCACGGCCUGGUACGCGGACGGGCACUGGCGGAUCCUGGUGGGCGCCCUCUCCGGCGCGUCCCGCGGCGUGGCGUACGUGUACCGGAGCCGCGACUUCCGGCGGUGGACGCGGGUGCGGAAGCCGCUGCACUCGGCGCCGACGGGGAUGUGGGAGUGCCCGGACUUCUACCCGGUGACCGUGGACGGCAAGGAGAGCGGGGUGGACACGUCCGUGGUGUCCAGCUCGAGGGUGAAGCACGUGCUCAAGAACAGCCUCGACCUCCGCCGCUACGACUACUACACCGUCGGGACCUACGACCGGCUGAAGGAGAGGUACGUGCCGGACAACCCCGCCGGCGACAAGCACCACCUGAGGUACGACUACGGCAACUUCUACGCGUCCAAGACGUUCUACGACCCGUCCAAGCGCCGCCGCAUCCUGUGGGGAUGGGCCAACGAGUCCGACACCGCCGUCGACGACGUCGCCAAGGGCUGGGCCGGAAUCCAGGCGAUUCCUCGGAAGGUUUGGCUGGACCCAAGCGGGAGGCAGCUGAUGCAGUGGCCGGUGGAGGAGGUGGAGGCGCUCAGGGGGAAGAAGCCCGUCAGCCUCAAGGACCGGGUGGUGAAGCGGGGAGAACACGUCGAGGUCACCGGGCUACAAACCGCACAGGCUGACGUUGAGGUGAGCUUCGAGGUGCCGAGCCUGGAGGGGGCGGAGGCGCUGGACCCGGCGCUGGCCAACGACGCCCAGAAGCUUUGCGGCGUGAAGGGCGCCGACGUGGAGGGCGGCGUGGGGCCCUUCGGUCUGUGGGUGCUGGCGUCGUCCAAGCUGGAGGAGAGGACCGCCGUCUUCUUCAGGGUGUUCAAGGCCGCGGGCAACGUUAACAGCACCAAGCCCCUCGUGCUCAUGUGCUCCGACCCAACCAAGGCAUCUCUGAAUAAGAACCUGUACCACCCGACCUUCGCGGGGUUCGUUGAUAUUGACAUGGCAAAGGGCAAGAUUUCUCUCAGGAGCCUGAUUGAUCGAUCCGUCGUGGAGAGCUUUGGGGCCGGAGGCAGGACGUGCAUCCUCUCCCGGGUCUACCCGUCGCUCGCCAUUGGCAGGAAUGCCCACCUUCACGUCUUCAACAACGGCAAGGUGGACAUCAAGGUGUCGCGGCUCACGGCGUGGGAAAUGAAGAAGCCGGCGCUCAUGAACGGUGCCUAGAUUUAGAUUCAGGCAGGAGCACCAUAUGCAUGAUUCCUACAUAUGUGCUUGAAUUUGGCUCAGGCAUGCGUCUGGGGCGUUAUUCUGAUGUUAAUUUGACCUCUGGUGAAACAUGCUAGUUUUACAAGGGUGCGUACGUAGCUAGCUAGGUUUGCACGCUGUGUAAGUGAAGGGGGUCAUUUUGUAUGCCCCCGGGAAUAAUAAAGAUCCAUGCAUAGCCUGAGGUGGGCAUCGGUGGAAAGUUAUUUUUC